UGCCAACCCAACGCCCAAAACUGGACGAGGUAAAGUUGUUUAGUCGCUCGGCAUUGCCCGGUGCCACAACAAUCACGACCUGACACGACGGAAAAGAAAAACUCGGCAAACGAAAGAAGACGCGGGGAUAAUCUUCUCCUAGCAGAAGAGCAAGCCGGCAAGCUUGGAACAACUCCGUUCAGAUAAAGAAAGCAAGAGGUUGCUAAGAAGAACGCAAGAGAAUGAGUGUUUGCUUCAGUACCUUAUACUUUUAAGGUAGACAGUGCACGCGUAUGUGAGUGAUUGUGGGUCGCGCUCGAGCAUCAUCAACUCCCCGAGGAGGUGGAGGACGAAGAGGUUUAUCCCUUUCGGCGACGACGAGUACUUGGCUCGACUCGGAGGCUAAAGAAGAGCAAAGAGGGCGACCGAGGAGUCGGAGGUCGGGGACAGGUGCUGUAGCGCGCGCGCGGAGCAGCAGCGCACCCCACGCGCUGCCGUAGCGUCGCUUGUAAAAUGGCGGACGGUGACAUCGAUCUGUACGGCGACGACGAUCUCGAGCAGGACUUUGGCCAGGUGCAAGGUGAGUUUCCUGGAGAUGGUGUGGAUUUAUAUGACGAUGUAAUUGCUGCGGCUCCUGGUAAUAAUGAGCGAGGUACUUCCGAAAGUAGUGAGAGGGGCGACAGAGGAGACAGAGAGACUGCCAAUGAAGAGACAAAUGGGGGUGCGCCCUACCAUCAGCUUGGUAACAACAUUCAGCCGAACCAGGUGGGAAGGAGGCAUCAACUGUACGUCGGAAAUUUGUCUUGGUGGACAAGUGAUCAAGAUAUUGCUGAUGCUAUAGCUGGAGUGGGUGUACCAGAUUUUAUUGAAGUCAAAUUUUUUGAAAAUCGAGCCAAUGGAAGGUCGAAGGGAUUUUGUUUGGUUUCCUUAGGAUCGGAACAAAGUAUGAGAAUAUGUAUGGAUAGACUUCCUAAAAAGGAACUUCAUGGACAAUUGCCAGUCGUAACAUAUCCCAGUAAACAAGCUCUGAAUCAGUUUGAGUCGCAAUGCAAAUCGCGGCCAACACCAUCGCCUCAACAGAGCCAGGGUCAAAGACCACACAAUUCACACCAGCAUCAACAAUCUAUGCCCCCGCACCAGCACCCUCCACACUCUCAUCCUCAGCAUUCACAGCAAAAUCACGGACCGAGAAUGAUGAUGGGACCGCCCCAAGGACAAAUGAGACCUGGUCAGAGACUUCCGCCUGGUAUGGGACCUGGCCCAGGAGGCCCACCGCAGCAAGGUCCCCCUGCACCUCGCAUGCACUCUUCUCCAAUGGGCCCAGGAAUGCAAGGGCAUCCAAUGCAAGGACACCCAAAUCAAGGUCCUCCCCCACCAGGUUUUGUGAAGGGUAAUAUGCAGCCACGUUCACAUUAUCCGGAUCGGCCCCACGGGAUGUCUCCACAGCAAGGGCCACCAGGUCCCGGUCAAGGACGUCCGCCUGGCAUGUACAAUCCUCAUGCAGGGCCACCUGGUCAUGCAGGACCACCUGGUCCACCUGGUCAUGGGAUUCCUCGCCCUCCACCUCCACAGCAAGGGCCACCACCAGGUCCCGGUCAAGGACGUCCACCCGGCAUUCCUUACGGUCAUCCAACCGGCCCCCGUGGACCACCAGGACCACCAGGACUAGGUCCAUCCGGACCUCAAGGACAGCCUCCUCACGCGAAUCCUGCUCCUCACGUGAAUCCUGCAUUCUUUCCACAAGGUCCGCCGCAUCAACAUCCUGGCCAACAUCUUCCUCCCGGCCCACCCGGACCGCCACCUCACGGUCCGCCCCACCCGCCUCAUGCUCAUCCGCAUGCGCCUCCUCAUGGGCCUCCACAACCCCAACACCCACAUGGCCAUCCUGGUUACGGCCCACCAGCUGCUCAGCCCCCCUAUGGUGCACCAGGCCCAGAUCACCGUUCGGAAGGACCACCUCCGCUUUCGGAGCAGGAAAUCGAAGAAAUCAUGGGUCGCAACAGAACUGUAUCCUCGUCGGCCAUCAGUCGCGCGGUCUCUGAUGCUGCUGCUGGCGAGUACGCUAGUGCGAUUGAAACAUUAGUGACAGCAAUAUCCCUCAUCAAGCAAUCCAAGGUGGCGGCUGAUGACCGCUGCAAAAUAUUGAUCAGUUCGCUACAGGAUACGCUCAAGGGGGUGGAAACCAAGAGCUACGGUUCUGCUCGCCGAGAACGAUCCCGAUCGCGUGAGAGAGACCGCAGCCACAGAAGACGCAGGGAGAGGUCGAGAAGCCGAGACCGAGAGUAUCGUGAAAGAAGUCGCGAGCGAGAUCGUGAUCGUGAUCGUGAUCGAGACCGAGACCGCGAGCGCGACAGGGACAGGGAGCGUGAGCGCUACUACACUGAGCCCUAUCCACGUGAACGCUCGCGCAGCAGAGAGCGAGAUCGUGAGUACCGAGAGCGCAGCAGAGAGGAGAGUACGACACGUCAAUCCACCAGGCCAAGAGUAAAGGAAGAACCGCCUGAGGCGGCACCUGUCUCAUCUUCCAAGACAUCUAGGUAUUAUGAUGAACGCAACAGAGAACGCGAUCGCGAGAGAGAACGAGAAGCCUCGAGCAGAAGACCGGCGGAACGUGAGCGGGAGCCAGAGCGCGAGCGAGAACGUGAGAGGGAACGCCGCGACGAAAGGGCCGACUCGUCUCAUCGCUCCAGACACUGAAUUCUCCACGUACCGUCGGCUCAAACAGCAACAUCAAAAGACGACGACAACGUGCUUGCUGCUAAAAUAUACACAAGAAAAGAGAGAGAAAGUACUUCGAUCGCACAGCCACACUCGUCAUCAAGCCACUCAACGCAUGGACAAGAGAUCAUUGCCAACGAGACGACCACAGCUAUUUAAUUAUGAAGAGAAAGCGCCCGGCAAAUGUGACUUUCGAUGUAUUCCAAUCAAUUUCAAUCAAUAACUAUUAUAAUUAUAUUGACAACCAAAGGAAGGGAACUUAUGCACGAGUUUAUUCGUUUAUUAUACGGGUCGAUGACUUACGGACGAUUAAGAAGUGACUUUAAAAAAAAAAAACAAUAAUAAUAAAAAAAACUUCAAAUAAUUUAUAUUAAAAUGAUUAAAAAUUUCAAUAGCGUGUUUGA